ACGCGGAGGCGGGAUUGGGGGGAGGGCCCUGGGCUGCCCCUCCCGCACCCUGCCCGCCCACCCGGAGCUCCAGACUAGGAGGCAAGAGCGGCGGGUGCCCCCUGCUCGCUCUGCCUCCUCCGCGCACGCUCCUACCUGUAGAACCCGAGGGGCUCCCCCUCGCCGGCCACCUAUUCUUUCUCCUCCGGAAACCUCCCGCCUAGCAACCCGCGUCUCGCAUAGGCGGCGCUGGGACCCCGGGACGGGGCGCCAGGCUCGCAGCUGGUGACAUGUAGACGCGCCCUCCGCGGUCCAGCCUCGGCACCUGGGCACCCUUCUGCCCGUAAAGUUUGGGGCUGGGCGCCAUGGCCAAGAGCAGCUCCCUGAACGUCCGCGUGGUGGAGGGCCGGGCGCUGCCCGCCAAGGACGUGUCUGGGAGCAGUGACCCCUACUGCAUCGUGAAGGUGGAUGACGAGGUGGUGGCCAGGACAGCAACUGUCUGGCGGAGCCUGAGCCCCUUCUGGGGGGAGGAGUACACCAUACACCUGCCCCUGGAUUUCCACCAUCUGGCCUUCUAUGUGCUGGACGAGGAUACAGUGGGGCACGACGACAUCAUUGGCAAGAUCUCGCUGAGCAGGGAAGCAAUUGCAGCCGACCCCCGAGGAAUUGAUAGCUGGAUCAACCUGAGCCGUGUGGACCCAGAUGCAGAGGUUCAGGGUGAGAUCUGCUUGGAUGUACAGAUGCUGGAGGAUGCACGGGGCCGUUGUCUUCGUUGUCAUGUGCUCCAGGCCAGGGACCUGGCCCCCCGGGAUAUCACCGGCACAUCUGACCCAUUCGCACGAGUGUUCUGGGGCAGCCAGAGCUUGGAGACAUCAACCAUCAAGAAGACCCGCUUCCCACACUGGGAUGAGGUGCUAGAGCUGCGGGAGAUGCCGGGUGCCCCAGCCCCACUGCGAGUGGAGCUCUGGGACUGGGACAUGGUGGGCAAGAAUGACUUCUUGGGCAUGGUGGAGUUCCCCCCACAGGUCCUGCAGCAGAACGCACCCAGUGGCUGGUUCCGUCUCCUGCCCUUUCCCAGAGCCGAGGAGGAUUCUGGGGGGACCCUGGGCGCGCUGCGGCUGAAGGUGCGCCUCCUCGAGGACCGCAUCCUGCCCUCCCGGUAUUACCAGCCGCUCACGGAGCUGCUCAUGGAGUCUGUGCUGGGGCCGGCAGAGGAGGAUGCUGCUAGUCCCCUGGCUGUGCUGGAGGAGCUGACCUUGGGGGACUGCCGCCAGGACCUUGCCACCAAGUUGGUGAAGCUCUUUCUUGGCCAGGGCCAGGCUGGGCCCCUCCUGGACUAUCUCACCCGGCGUGAGGUGACCCGGACCACUGACCCCAACACCCUCUUCCGUUCUAACUCCCUGGCAUCCAAGGCAAUGGAACAGUUUAUGAAGCUCGUGGGCAUGCCUUACCUGCACGAGGUCCUGAAGCCAGUGAUUAACCGUGUCUUCGAGGAAAAGAAGUACAUGGAACUGGACCCGUGCAAGAUGGACCUGGGCCGCACCAGGAGAAUCUCCUUCAAGGGCGCACCCUCGGAGGAGCACGUGCGGGACGCCAGCCUGGGGCUGCUGACCGGCUACCUGGGGCCCAUCGUGGAGGCCAUUGUGGGCUCUGUGGGGCGCUGCCCGCUUGCCAUGCGCCUCGCCUUCAAGCAGCUGCACCAGUGCGUGGAGGAGCACUUCCCCCAGGCGGAGCACGAGGAUGUGAAGUACCUGGCCAUAAGUGGCUUUCUCUUCCUGCGAUUCUUUGCGCCUGCCAUCCUCACCCCAAAGCUGUUUGACCUCCGGGACCAGCAUGCAGAUCCCCAGACCAGCCGCUCACUGCUACUUCUUGCCAAGGCUGUGCAGAGCAUCGGAAACCUGGGCCAGCAGCUGGGCCAGGGCAAGGAGCUAUGGAUGGCCCCCCUCCACCCCUUCCUGCUGCAGAGUAUCUCACGUGUGAGACACUUCCUGGACCAGCUGGUGGAUGUGGAUGAGGAGGAGGAGGCUGGGGGCCCAGCCAGGGCCCUGGUGGCCCCCUCAGUGAUUGUUCGUGAAGGUUACCUGCUGAAGCGCAAGGAGGAGCCCGCCAGCCUGGCCACACGCUUUGCCUUCAAGAAGCGUUACUUCUGGCUCAGCGGGGAGACUCUCUCCUACUCCAAGAGUCCUGAGUGGCAGAUGCGCUCCUCCGUCCCGGUGUCGCACAUCCGCGCCGUGGAGCGCGUGGACGAGGGCGCCUUCCAGCUGCCGCACGUGAUGCAGGUGGUAACGCAGGACGCCGCCGGCGCGCUGCACACCACUUACCUCCAGUGUAAGGUGAGGCAUGGCAAGGAUGGGGCGGAGAGCAUCCCUUCGGUUCCCACCCCUGACCGUCCCCCCGCACCCCUGGGCUCCCUGCAGAAUGUGAAUGAGCUCAACCAGUGGCUGUCGGCCCUGCGCAAGGCCAGCGCCCCCAACCCAGACAAACUGGCUGCCUGCCACCCCGGUGCUUUCCGCAGUUCGCGCUGGACCUGCUGCCUCCAGGCUGAGCGCUCAGCUGCUGGUUGCAGCCGCACACACUCGGCUGUCACCCUGGGGGACUGGAGCGACCCACUGGAUCCCGACGCUGAGAUCCAGAUGGUGUAUCGGCGGCUGCUCCUGGGGCGGGACCAGCUCAGGAUGAAAUUCCAGGAGGAUCCCAACACAGAUUCAAGCCCAGAGGCAGAUGCAGAGAAGAGCUCCGGGGCCACGGAAGGGGCCUGUCCCGAUGCCCUGGCCCGGCCGAGAGAGGCAGCCGCCCGCCUGCUGGAGGUGCUCGCGGAUCUGGACAGAGCCCAUGAAGAGUUCCAGCAGCGGGAGCAGCAGAAGGCAGCCCUGGGCCCCCUUGGGCACUAAGGAGAUGCCAGAGCCAGCCUGGAAGGAGGUGGAAGGAGCCAGCAGGCCCUUCUCAGUGCACCCUGGCCCCUUGAGGCUGUCCUGUACCUCGUUGAUGCUGUAGGGUGGAGGCUUCUGGAGAUCUCCUAGUCUCUGUGCCCUAAGUCCAGAACCCCGGGCAUGGAAGCCCUCUGGCAGGGGGCUGGCCUUUGUACUGAAUGAAUCUCAGUCUCUGGGCUGAGGCAGAUGGGAGUGGACGGGAUAAGCACCCCAACUCAUUCCGCUCAGCGGAAGGUCUCUGCUAAACCAGACUGGCCUCUGCCCACACUGACCAAGCCAGCCUGGUCCCGAGCUGCUAGAUACAGCUGUACGUGAAUCCCCGAUACCCACGUGGCCUUGUUGCCCCAGACAGGCACUAAAGAGGCUCAGCCCUUCCUGUUUUCAUGUUUGCCAAUCCGUGUAACCUUACUGAUCCUCCCGAACCCUGCCUUGCCGAGAGUCCUAACCACAAGCGUCUAGAAUCAGGCUCCCUCGGGAAUAACAGAGGCUUGGACCCCAGUGUGCCAGACUUAGAUCCUUGGAUCCUGGGAGACCUUGGGCUAGGUUCUGAUCCCCUCUUCGAGCCUCAGUUCAUGCUGUAUAAAAUGAGGGAGUGUC